AUAAACCAGUAUGUCACACAGUCUGUCCAAAAAUGUCAAAACUGGAUUUUCCUGACAUAAAAGAUCAUAAAGAAAUAAAAAUGUCGUCCCGCACAAAUCCUCAAGCACAAAAGACCACUUCAGCUUCCUUUCUGGGGUUCAGAUCACCUUUUGCUUGGCUUUCCUCCUUUAGAAAAUCAAGGAAAACUCAGACUCAGAAGCAAGCACGAUAUGACAGUUCUGCUAGCCCAGCCUCAAAAGUGGAAGAAAUGGCAACGGCUGAAAUGUGUAAUUCCCCAAUGUCAGCUGAAACAAGUGCUCAUUCUAUUGAUACAAACCAAAAUGAAACAAUGGAGAAAAGUACACUGGAAUGGAAUGAACAGCUAGAGAAGGAGAUUUUCAGUGUUCUAAGUGAUCUGGAUGAUCAGCUGGCCCAGGAACAAACCCAAGACCCUUUGGAAAGAACAGUUUCUACUAGCAGUGCAUCAAAUGUCCAAAGUAGUAGUGCAUUCCCUAUUUCAAAGAGGCAGACUGCUAGUAGAGGGCAACAGAGAAAUGACUGGAGGGACAUGCCUAGCACAUUUUUCCCAGAUGGACUGAGAACACUAAGGGCCAAAGAUGAACACAAGAUAUUCAUCAGACCAAGGAAGUUACACAGUGCAUAUAUAAACUGGCACCAAACAGCCUUUCAAGAAGACUGCAGUUAUGGAGAUGCAGUCAAUGGAAAUCCUCGUCUGCACCGCAGGAGGCUGUCUGCGGUUUCUUUCGGACGCUCUUCAGAAGGGAGCUUAUAUCCCCCUUCUGUAACACAGAACAGUGGAUUUAGGCACAAGGGUUGUAUCAACAGGGAUGCAGCUGGCAGAAGUUACUCCGUGUGUUCCCUUCGGAGAUGUCCAUCAUCAGUAUCUUCUGAUCAGCUAUCAGCAUCUAGUUUACAACAUCCAUUGGCAAGGGAGAGCAAGAAUGGUUUUGUACCCAGGCUUGGUCGACAGAACCCAAAGAGAAUUCCUCUGUCUUCCAUUGUUUGGAACAACACACCAGACUCUUCAGAACAAACUCCAGAAACAAUGUUUAGAACUCAAUCACUGAUGGAGUUUCAUGCUACAGACCAUGGUAGAUAUCCCAGCUCUUUGCAAGAAACUAAGAAAUACCCAAGUUACCACUCAAAACACCACUACAGAAGAUCUAUUUCAAGCAGUAAUUGCUUUAGUAGAGUUAGUUGCCCUGACAAAGCUCCUUCUCCGUUGCCCUUUGAUAACUGGGAAAACUAUCCUUUAUACAAAUCAGAAAAUAAUCUCUCUAGAUCCUACUAUAGAGAUACCUCUUCUCAUGGCAAGUUGUAUGCAAACCAAAAAAAUUCUUAUGGAAGAAAAGACAGCUAUCCUUCUUGGGCUGAUAUUCCUCAGUGUUACAGUGAUGAAGUGUUUAUUUCCCCCGAUGCCAGCUUUGAAGUGUUUAUGGCUAAUUUAAAUGACCACCAGUGGACACAUACAAAGAAUGCCAAGUUUGGUUCACAGCGCCUGCAGAACAAUUUUCACAUGUACUCUCCAGAAAAUACAAGUAUCAAAAGGAUGACAAGAAGUCCAAAUAGAAAUUUUUCAGAAUUCACUGAGGGCUGUCAGCCUUGGCUGAGUUCUAACUCUUCUGUUUCUUCAUCUGGUAUCAGAACUGAUGAGUCAGUCUUUCCCAAUUCAAAGGACCAACCAAAACAUACAGGACUGAACAGGAAUUCAGUAGUUGUUACCCAAAGGAGUACUAAGGCAGACUUUACACACCUGGAAAAGGCGGAAGGUGUGAAACAGCCAGAUGAAGACACGCUGUUACAGUCAGCUCCUCAACAAGCAGAUACAAGCUACAUCAAUGCACGGAAUUUUACCUCUAACAGCCCUGCUUCUGCCAUGUGGCAAAGAGAUGUACCUCUCUUUAACACAGUGACAUCAAAGAGACAAACCCAAGCUACUGCCAGAGGAGAUGCUACAGAAAUUUAUACAUCAAAUAGUGAUAAAAGAAAUGUAGAAAUGAAGGAAAAUGAUUGCCCACCCAGCAGUGUGUUCAAUCAGCCUCCGUGUAUUUUGCCAGCUGAUGGGAGCAGGAAGGAACCUUUUCUUCCAAGUCAGAAAGAAUGGGAACAUAAUCUGCAUUAUGCAGCACAAAGAGAGAGUAUCAAACAGGAUAAUUGGAGUGUAGAAGCCCUUAACAAAGCUACUUCAAAGAGACAUUCCUCACUGCUGAAUGUUACUUCUGCUCUAUCCACUGAAAAAUUAGCAAACUGUCAAGGCCUGUUGUCCUGUCCUCCUGAGUGCUCAUCUAGUUUCUCACAAAACUCUCCACAAGCAUUUUCUCAUAAAGACAAUGCUAAAUGCUUAGGAACACGAACUAGCUCUUCAGUAAAUUGCACUGCUACUGAAUCUCAAGCAGAAGCGGGGAAAACAGCUGAAGUGAGUAGAACAGGUGUUAGCAAAGAGAUUUCACAGAAAACACUGCAAAAUGCAAGCACUUUAGUUACUAAGGACUGUAAUGGAAAAUUCACUACUAGUUCUCCACAAAAUGGAUAUUCUGAAAAUAUUUAUAUGCAUAGCUUUGAUGGAGACCCCAAUACCUCUGAAAAUAGUUUAAGUUAUUUUUGCCUUGAAAAAGGAAUGGAAAAAAUGAGGAGUACUUCACCUUGUAUCAGAAGGUUUCACAAGCAAGACAGCUCGCCAAGACAUACCAGUAGCUGCAGCAUUACUGGCUCCCCUGGCAGAAACAGCUCCAAGUCUUCUGACCCCCUUGUUAUUUAUUACACUUUGCCUAGAAAAUCAGCUAGCAUUGCUGGUAGUAUUAUGUCAGAGACGCCCAUCUCUUUACCUAGAGAAAGUAGAACAACAUACGAUUGUUUAAGGUCUGAAACUCUGCACAGAGCUGACACCUCUUAUUUUAAUCAAAGAGAUGUGUCUUGUUUAGAUCCAAAAUGUUCCUUUUUAACAUCAGCCUCAUUAAAUGCUGCCACAAGUGACAAAGAUUACUGCAGUCCUUUAACCAAACAUAUUAAUGAUUCAGUAAGUAGUAGUACAUCAGUUGAUUUGACAGACAGAUGUAAACAUCUAAGUAGAAGAGAAUCCUCUGUGUUUCCAGAUUAUAAGGAGGGGGGAAAUUUUUUGCAGAAAUAUAAAACCACAAGCACAUUUACAGUUUGUGUUGAUGAAGAUCAUGUCAAGUAUCAUGAACUAGUUUCAAUUUAUUACACACUACCACGGAGACAUUCAAAAACAUUUUGUAGCCUCUUUAGAGAAAAUUCAGAGGAUGCAGAUUUACCUUGUCCCAAAGAAAAUGCUCAGUCACCAAGAAUACAAAACAAGAAAAAUGAAGGUCAUGUGAGUUUAGAAAAUGUUUUUUUCCCUACUACUUCAGAAAAAGAGGUGCCUUCAUAUUCUUCUAACCAAGUAUCUUCAGUUCUGGUCACACCUCAGAACUUACGAACUGCUGCUGAUAGUGAAGAAGAGAAUUCUCACUUAUCCCCUAGCUCUGAGAAGUCGGUGAGUGUGGUACCUAACAAGAAAGAUAAUUCAGCACAUCUUUCAUUAGCAGAAAAUGUACUUUCUGAUGUGGUGACAAAAGAAAUUUCUUUUGGUGGCCCACAAUCUAUGGCAGUAGUGGCUAAGUCAGGUAAGGCCAUUUCUGAUGCUUCAAGCAGUCAAAAGGCAGAAAUACAUAUAAAAGAAAAGAAGGAAAUUUUACAAACAACCACACCACUAAUGUCCACUUUAUCAACCCCUCCCAAGCCAGGCAGACAUGUAGAGAAUCCUUUAUAUUCUAAUUCAACAAAUAAAAAUACAGUACAGAAGGGAAGCUCUGAAAAUUGCUCUCAGCCCCCAAAAGUGAACAAGAAAAAUCUGAACAGUUUAUUCCUCCGCUCCAGAGAGAAAAGUUCCCUUGGAAGUAGUGGUAAUGCAGAGCAUGCUGAUGUGCCACUUAUUCCCGUGGAAGAUGUGUACAGGGAUAGUGCCCAAGUUAAACAGAGAGUAGGUGUCCUACACCGAACCACUCCUCUGUGUAAUAAUAAAUUUAGUGGACUGCAAUUAAGGGCUGACAGUUCAAGAAAAAAAGAGAAUGGUUUAAACUUUCGUAGCAAAGUGCUUCCAGAGUCUCCAAGCAAAGCAUCUCAGGUAAGCACAGCAUCCAGUGCCAAUCCAUUACUUCAGCUAGACAAAGUGGCUAGCACAGAUACAGACAAAGUAAAGAAUUCAAAAAUUAAAAAAGAGCAAAACUCACCGAGUUCUCAUAUGGGUAAAGUUUACAGUGGUUUUCAGGAAUCAGAGAGGCAUAGUGAGGGCAACCUGAACAUUAAAGAUAAAGUCCCCAGGGUUACACAAGAUCAGAACAUAACACAGAGUCCAGAAGAGGAAAACAAGCUUCUCUCUGACUGCACAAGAGACAAAGAUAUAGAGAAAAGGAAAAACAGACCUUCAAUUAAAAAUAAAUUGGCAGCUGUUUACAAAACAAGUCGUAAAUUUUCAAGUAAAAAUCUACCCCCCAAACCACACAUAAGUAACAUUUUUUCACAGAAUGAUGGAAGUGCUACUUCUUUAGAGGUCAACAUGUCUCUUGACUCGUUGAUUUCAAUGGAUUCCCACCAGCCAUUCCUGGAGUUGGACAAUGGAAAUCAGAAUCACAGUCUGAACUCUGACAAGAAUACUCCAAGACCAAGAACAGCUGAUAAUAAGAAGCCUGGAAAUCAGAAUGAUCCUUCUUUGCUUGUUAACACCAAAAGGAGGCCUUUUACAAGUUCAUACACCCAGAGGGAAGCCAUCAGUCCUCAAAAAACUGCAGUGAAAGUGGAAAAUAGGCCAAGACUCACAACGUUGUUUCCAGAUAAAGCAGUAACCGCAAGAAAUAAGAAUUCCCAAACAAUUGAUCUCGGGUUAGAAAGCAAAAGCCAGCCCAUCUCUCCCAGUGCUACUACCUCAUACCCACUGGAUGAAGAGAAAGGAAGAGCUAGCAGUCAUGUCUGCGCUCCUCCCUUGCCACUUUUGACUGACAAAAACUCCAACACCUAUAUAAACAGCUGCCUGCAGGCAGACACAUGUCCAGAGCAAAACUUGACUUCCCAGAGAGUGCUUGGUCAGCGUCAAAAUACCUCUCAGCCUACUGGCUUAGAAAACGCUAACCUCAAUAGCUAUCAGUUACACAAGAGCCAUGUGAAAAGUCAGCGUGAGCGUCACCUCUCUGAGGGUGUUUGUGCCCGAGAUUCCCUUGAGACCUCUGCCUCAGGAACCAAUAUUCUACCCAAAGAUGGCAUACAUGGGAAGAGAUUUAAAUCUUACUCAGAGCUGUUGUCUUGUGAUGAGAAUGAAAACUGGGCAUCAGACGAUGAAAAAUGUUACAGCACUAGAAAUUUAAUGUAUCCGUCUGUGGAAUUUGGUAUAUUUGGCAAAGAGCAACAACUGGCUUUCCUGGAAAAUAUCAAGAGGUCACUCACAGAAGGGCGAUUAUGGAGACCAUGUCUUCUUAAUAACCCUGGUGCUUUCAGAGAUACAGAGAGCUCUUCUGUAAACAGGGCUGAGCUUCUGAGCUCGAGUUCUGCUGGGAGCAAAAUGUCAUCAGCUGCUUCAUCCCCCCGAGAGCUGACUGAUACCUACGUGGAAGACCCAGCCGCUUACUCGGACUCGGACAGUGAUACCACCACCGAUGAUGAAUAUUACCUAGAUGAGAUAGACAAAGAAUCAGAGCUAUGA